AUGGCCAAGGACUUCCAAGACAUUCAGCAGCUGGACUCUGAGGAGAGCGACCAUCCGCUCGGGGACGACGGUGACCAGGGGGCAGCUGCCGGACUGCCUCCUGCCCAGUCCUUUCUGCAGCGCCUCUGGUCCCGGUCCUGCCUUGGUCUGCUGGUCCUGGGCUUCAACCUGCUGCUGCUGGUGGUCAUCUGUGUGACUGGAUCGCAAAGUGCACGGCUGCGGGCGGAACUGCGGACACUGAGCGCAAACUUCAGCAAUUUCUCCUCAAGCACCCUGGAGGUGGUCGAGGCCCUGGGCGCCCACAAAGGCAGCAUCAGUGACAACCUGACGGCGCUGGGGGCCAGGAUGCAAAAACAACAGCGGGAGCUGAAAGCAGAUCACGCCACCCUGCUCCUUCAUCUGAAGCACUUCCCGGUGGACCUGCGCAGGCUGUCUUGUCAGAUGGCCUUCCUACACAGCAACGGCACCGAGUGCUGCCCCGUGAAUUGGGUGGACCACGAGGGCGGCUGCUACUGGUUCUCCAGCGUCGGGAAGACCUGGGCUGAGGCAGAUGAGUACUGCCGGCUGGAGAACGCCCACCUGCUGGUCAUCAACUCCUGGGACGAGCAGAAAUUCAUUGUACAACACGUGCGCCCCUUUCAUAUCUGGAUAGGUCUCACCGACAGCGAAGGCUCCUGGAAAUGGGUAGACGGCACCGACUACAGGUCCAGCUACAAGAACUGGGCUCCCACUCAGCCGGACAACUGGCAAGGCCACGAGCUGGGCGUGGGCGAAGACUGCGUGGAGAUCCGCUGGGACGGCCAAUGGAACGAUGAUUUCUGCCAGCAAGUGCACCGCUGGGCGUGUGAGAUGCGCCGCAAUAUUACAGCCUAGGAGCCGCCCCAGGCGCCCCACCCUGGCGCCCCACAGCCUAGGAGAGAGGACAACAACUUAAAGAAAAGUGUGGUGUCCAUCCCAGACAACCCUGGGAGAGGCUGAGCUCUCCCUCUUUUGACAAUUUGUAUCUAAGUUUCCACUCCUUUGAUGGAAUAGGA